GCCGCUCACUUCCCCAAGGAGAUGUACGAGUCCGGUGAAGUGCAUCAGAUGAUCUUGAGUAUGAAAAACGCCCAAUGGGACGCCCUCGAGGCAGCUGGUGCUCUGAACUCCACGCAGUGGCCAUCUUGGAAGAAUUGGGACCAGCUUCCGAAAGACGUCCAGAGGGAUCGUCUGCGAUGCCGAGACGGUCUCGCUGUUGCCGAGAAAGGCAACCCCAUGCAGACUUUCCGCUGUAAAAACAUGGACCUCUACGAUUUCAUCAAUCAUUACGACAUGGCUGGCGGUGAAGCAGACCCACGCUACCCUAAUCGACGGGGAUCCUCGGUCUGGGGCUGGGUCGGUCCUCGUGGUCGUCAAAUCGCACUCAUCGGCCAGCACACCGGCACUGCCUUCGUGGAGAUUAACGAUAAAGGGAAGAUGACCUACCUUGGUCGUCUUCCGGCCAACGACCCCCUCGGAUCAUCUUGGCGUGAGAUUCGUGUGCUGAACAACCUUGCAAUCAUCGGCUCCGAGGCUGUCGGCCACAAUGUGCAGAUCUUUGACAUGAACAAGGUCGCUGCCAUCGACCCGAAACGACCGGUGACUUUCAGCCGGGACGAUGUGGAGAGCAUAUUCGACGACCUGCCCAUCGGUCGUGCGCACAACAUCGUGAUUGACUGGGACAACGAGUAUGCCAUCGCUGUCGGUGCUCAGCCACGCAAUCAGACUUGCCAAGCUGGUCUUGAGUACAUCAACCUUGACGAUCCGCGCAACCCUUUCAAGCCAGGCUGUGCUGCUUCUGAUGGUUACACCCACGACGCUCAAUGUGUAACCUACAACGGACCUGAUACUCGCUACAAAGGCUCCAACAUCUGCGUCGCCUACAACGAGGAUAGCAUCACCGUAUGGGACUCCACCGAUCAAGCCGACUCGAAGAUGAUUGGCAAACUCGAGUACCCAGGCGCUACCUAUAGCCAUCAAGGUUGGUGGACGGAGCGCAACUGGCACCAGUUCGUGCUGUUGAACGACGAACUCGAUGAGACUCGUGGUGUUGGCCUUGCGGCCGACGGAGUGCCGAUCACCCACAUCAUCGACCUGACUGAUCUUGAGAAUCCGGUGCAUACUGGCGUAUUCAAGAACACGGACCACAAAGCUAUCGACCACAACCUCUACAUUGAAGAUGGACUUAUGUAUCAGUCGAAUUAUGGCGCUGGUGUCUGGAUGACUGAUGUCCGGUCGAUCUCCAAGCAUCCUGAUGGUAGCCGUGUCCGCAAGAUUGCUUUCUUCGACAUGCAUCCUGAGGAUGAUGCCGUUGGGGGAUCCGUGGAAUUCGUGGGGUCCUGGGGAAACUUUCAAUUCCCGUCGGGCUUUAUUGUUGCCAACACUUUCGAGCGUGGUGCUUAUGUGCUCAGGGUGGCUUCUGGUCCUGGCCGAGAUGGAGGAUUGGGAUUCGGCGGCAAGUCGAAGCAAGGUAAGGCAAAGAAGGGCAAGGGACCCAAGGGCCCAAAGUGAAGCACUUGGUGUCGGUAAAGUCUUCUGCCCAAGUUCGCCAGAAAUGUAGACUCUGUAUAGCUCUUUGAGGUCAAAUCG